UAUUGGCGAUAAUUUACUUUUGUACACAUAUAGUGGCAUUGCUUACAAUGCCAGUUACCCAAAAGAUCUUUCUUUCCUUCGGGGAAAAUGACAGGAUGAAAUAUAGAAACACAUAAAACAAAUCGUGUGGAAGUGGAAGUAACUCAUCGAAAAGGCCAGAAUAUUUUAAAACGAGGCAGACAGCUUUUUUAAACAGUUUUACCUCAAUGGAACUACCAAAGGGAAAGAGUUUGUGGUUAUAACGCAGUCAGUGUUAUAGACUAAUGAGCCAAUUCCAGUAAUGAUAAAACACAAAGAGAGACAGCAGCAAUAUUGACGUUAGAGGAGGCUGAAGAAAAGAGUUUGCAGCGGUACUAACCAAAACGAGAAAAGGUGUUGCUUUGUUGGCAAUUAUACAUAUAAAUAUGAAACGGAUAGGUACUGGUGAACGUUUAUAUUUAGUAGAAGGAGUGGCUAACAAAGAAAGAGGGUUUCUGCUCGCCGGAGCUGGAAAAUACCAGGUUUUCCAUUGCGCACUCAUGGUGUCCACCCUGGGAGCUUCCAUCCUAGAGAUGAUCGGUUGUUCUUUCUUACUCCCUCUGGCUGCGUGUGAUCUUCAGCUAUCAGACCAUUUAAGAGGAAUAAUCACUAGUAUACCCAAUAUAGGAAUAAUUCUAACAGCACCAUUUUGGGGUCCCAUAGCAGACGCGAUGGGCAGAAAACCAGUUCUUAUUGUGUCCACGUUGCUGUCAGGCGUUAUUGGCCUAAUAGCAGCCUUUAUGCCCAAUCUCACUUCUUUCGCCUUAUGCAAAUUCGCUGGUUCGUUAUUUUUAUCCUGUCCCUCUUCCUUAGGGUUUGCUUUCGCUGGUGAAUUGAUGCCGAGAAGACGUCGUGACAUGGCCGUGUUAAUCUGCAAUGCAUCGCUGAUGUUAAUAGCCUCUUUAUGUCCCAUACUUGCCUGGAUCGUGUUCACCAUAGACUGGGAACACAGCAACAUCUUCAUUAAGCCGUGGCGUAUAUUAACCGUAGCCUAUGCGGUGCCUCUCAUCCUGUCGGCGUUGUGGAUGACACAGACAAAAGAGAGUCCCAAAUUUCUCAUGAUGAAGAGCAAGGAGAAGGAAGCCUUGAAGGUUUUAGCCCACGUUUAUUCAUUUAAUACGGGAAGGACGCCAGAUGAAUACAAGGUAACAUCCCUUAAAAAAGAGGACAAUUCCGACCAGGUAGAUGGCGAAGCUAUCACGGUAACAAAGACAUCAGCUACUGCUCUGCUAAAACCUCCACACGUCAAGUGGCUUCUGUUAUUGGGCUUCCUUAUGCUUGGGUUGUUUUCCUUAUUAAAUGGAUUAUUUUUAUUCACUCCACAUACGAUAAAUAAGAUGAUGACAAAAUUACCCAACGAGACCGUGUCCAUUUGUUUUUCUUUAAACCAGCCAGACAACGUCACGCACACUGUAACAUGUAUAGACAGUAUUUCGUACGACACAUUUAAAAUAACUGUAAUAACGGCCCUUUUCUACGGCGCUAUAGUGAUGGCAGUGAGUCUCAGUCCACUGUCGAAGAAGACGUUAUUGGUUGGAAUGUAUUCACUCGUUUCUGCUGCCUGCAUAGUCAGUGUGAUUACGCGCAAUAGAUUCGUGGCUGGUGUGUCCAUGUCUACUCUGGAACUGACUGCGCUCGGUAUCGGACCUCUUAACGCUUAUGCAGUACAAAUAUUUCCAACAAGUUUAAGAGGUUCAGCUGUUGGUGCCGUGAUGAUGUUUGGGCGUGUGGGUUCGAUGCUCGGCGCGAACAUGGCUGGUAUGUUCCUGGCUCGUGGUUGCGAUUAUACAUUCUACGCGUUUGCUGCUCUUAUUGCCUUAUGUGCAGCGCUGAGCUUCCUACUUCCCAAUGACAACAAACCGACUUCAAAAUCUGAAAAAACAAGUCUUUGAUACUUGAUAUAAUGUCUAUAUGUUGCUUUGCAAAUUGACAAUAAACAAGUUAUAUGUAUAGAUUAAAAAGCUUAUCUUUUAAGACUCCAAGUCUGUAUUUCAUUACGUUUAAAAAAAAAGGUAAUUACUAAUGUUAAUUAUUAAAAAUCGCUACCACUGAUUUAUGGCAGCGUGUAGUCAGUAACCUUUUUAGCUUUAGCGAGUCGAGUCUAUGAUAACCGCAAUUAUUUAAAUUUUUAACUAUGUUUGACUUAGUAACUUUUAAUGAACCACUUCAAAUUACUGUUUAUUGUUCUCUUAGCAAUAUGAUUAUGUAUAUGUGAUGUUCUCAUAGAGCGAUAUCAGUAAAAUGGAACAAAAUAUUCAAUCAUAGCAACAAUUUUCUGAUUGUUUUAAACUCAAUAACGCUUCCUUGUAACAAACAACCGAGUCUACCACGGCAGCUUGACAAUUUUUUAUCGAGGCCCAAAUAUUAUAUUCUAUUUAAGUUUAAUUAUUAACCCUUUUUGACUUUGGGUAUCCUGAUUGUGAAUUUCGUGUUACAUCUGUAGGAAAUGUUUAAUGAUUAGACAGUUUGUCGGUGCCUGGUUUCCAAUUACUGAAUAAAGAAUGUUGAGUGAAAUAAAUUAAAUUGCCUAUACAUAGGUAGGAAUGUGGUUAAAUAUUGCGCAAGAUUUAGGCAAAAACAUUUGAAGGCAUUUCCAUCGUGUUACGUAGCAUUCUCAAAGCAUAAAAAACAAAAAUAUUAGCUUUAAGCAGUUUUUUUUUUCGAUAUUUAUUAUGACGCUUAUUGAACAGACUGAUUAGUUUUGAUGAUUCAUGUUUUCAUAUAUUAUGCGAGCUGAUUGAACUUGCAAUUCAUAUU